AUGGGAGUCAAGCGCUCUUUGCAGCCCGCCGCUUCAGCGGCAGACGAGGCCAAGGAUGCCAGCAGCAGCAACAGCAGCAGCAACAGCAGCAGCAGCCGCAGUAGCAGCAGCAGCGUGUUUGGGCAGCUGGAGUUGUGCAGCAGCAUAAACGAAUAUCUGCUGCAGCUGCAUGCAGCAUCUCCUUUGCUGCACCCGGUGCCUUGCUGCUCUGUCUUUACACCUGAAACAACAGUUAAAGACCUCAUAGCCAGCAGCAGCAGCAGCAGCAGCAGUAUGGCCAGGGACCUGUUUGCUGCAGUAUCGCAGCAGCCAGCAGCAGCAAACCCCAAGGCCUUCAAACUCUUUGCAGAAGAAUUUCGUGCUGCAGCAGCAAAAGCUCUUGCUGCUGCCACUACCUGCACUGUGUGUGCAGCCACCCGCAGCUCCCCGCAGCAGCAGCAGCAGCGACAGCAGCAGCAGCAGCAGCAGCAGCAGGAUGAGCAGCAGCAGUGGGCCCUCUGUCUGCUUCCGCAGUUGAAGCCGCUGCAGCAGCUCAAAACCCUUCCGCUCCCGCAAGUGGUGUGCGGCAGCUGUCUUUCGGUGAUUGACUUGUCAAGGCUGCUGCCAGCAGCAGCAGCAAGCGUUGCAGGGGGGCCUGAGACAAGCAGCAGCAGCAGCCGCAGCAGCAGCAGCAGCGGGGAGCUGCCACUUGCUGCUGUGCUGCAGCACUACGUUGCUGUCAACUCCAGGGAGAGCGGCCCCCAUCGACCUUUACAGGGCAGCAGCAGCAGCAGCAGCAGCAACAGCAGCAGCAGCAAACAGUUUAGGGCUCUCCAACGGACGGCGCAGCAAAGGGCUCUCGAUGUUUCACUUGCUGCUGCUUUUUCUGCGCAGCUUCUCGCCAAGUAA